AUGCAAGCUCAACAAUCCUCCUCAUCAUUAAUCAUCCAAUACACAAUGUCUAAAAUUGAAAAAAGCUUCUUGGAAAUAGGGUGUCAAAUAGAAGUAAUUUUCAUUUUCUAUUAUUUUCUAGUCUUCUUUUGCUGAGAUUGAUGAAUUUAUUGACUCUAUUUUUCUUAUUCCCUUUAAAUACGUGACUCACAAAAUUGAAUCUAAACUUAAAUUACCUUAAUUUCCUGAAUUUUCAAUCUCAGAAUUUGAUUCUACAUAACAAAUUCUUGAGAGUUUGAAUCCUUUGGCUAAUAAGAUAAUCAAAAAUAAAAUCGAAAUUAAAGAGUAAAAGGUACUUAAAUUAACUUUAAAUAGAAAAUAAUUGAGGAAGAGGAGGAAUCUAAUAAAGAAAAAAAUAUUUUAAAUAAGGAGAUUGAUUCUUAAUAUCAGUAAAUUAAAUAAUCUAAUAGUAUUGAGAAUGAAGUAAAAUGUAUUAAGUUAUUAUAUAGAAAUAAAAGGAAGUGAUUUAAGUUGAGAAUAAAUAGAAUUAAUUAGAAUAAUAAUUGAUGAUGUAUGAAUAAGUUCAAUUUUAAUUAAUUGAUGAUUCAAAUUAAUAGAUUUCAAAAUGUUACGCAAUGGUAUUCAAUAAAGAUGGAUCAAUUAUGAUUACAGCUAAUUCUAAUAUAAUUGAAAUUUCGAAUUUUGAAUAAGGAAGAUUUCAAUUAUCUAAUUCUUAUAAUGAACAUACUAGUGCUAUUUAUUGUUUGGUGUAUAGCAAAAAGACAAAUAACUUUAUUUCUGGUUGUGAUGAUCAUAAAAUUAUCUGUUGGCAAUAAAUUAAUGAAAAUGAGUGGAAAUGCUCAUAACCAUUUGAAUAACAUAAAAAUAGUGUUAAUUGUUUAAUAUUAAAUAAAUAGGAGGAUCAACUUAUUUCAGGAGGGGGUGAUAAUAAAAUAAUAGUAUGGUAAGUAGAUUUUAUGAAGAUUCAUCUGACUUAUCUGUAUUCUCUAGAUAAUCAUAGUAAUAGUGUUGAAUCACUCAGUUUUAAUUAAUCUGAAACUUUAUUGGCAUCAUGUGGUUAUCAUGAAUUUAUAAUAUGGGAGUAAGGAUUAUAAGGAAAAUGGUAAUUAAAAUAUAAAUAAGAUGUUUAAUAUGAUGGAUAUAAAAUACAUUUCAUAAAUGAUUAAUAAUUUAUUUGGGUAACAUUAGAUGAGUAAAUAAAUGAUAUUUUAGUAUUUGAAUUAUAGAAUGGAAUCUUUAAAUAGAAUUUAAAUAAAACUAUCACUUUUAUUAACAAUGAUCAAUGUGAUGAUGACAUAUUAUUUCCAAUUAUACAUAAUAAAGAUAGAAAUGUGAUAUUGAUAAGACACAAAUAUCAUAUCUAUUUAAUUAGACAAUUAAACGAUGGCACAUUUAAAAUUCUUGCAUAAUUAAAUUGUUAAACUCAUGAAUCUUAUGGAACAAUGACCAAUAAUGCAUAAUAUUUAGUAUUUUGGGAUAAUAAAUACGAAAAAUACUCAUCAUAUGAGAUAUUAUAUAAAUGA